AUGAACUAUAAAUAUCAGUUUACAGAGAAAUUUAAUAGAGAAUGGUACUAUUUACAGGGGUAUAGAUACCAAGUGGAAAUAAAUAAGACUAAUGAAUACAUAGCUAAGAUUAGAUUUAGUGACAUAGAGUUAAUUUCACCUAAAUUCAAUCAGGAAAAGGAAGCUGAAGAGUUUAUAUUUAAGGCAGGAAUAGAAGUAUUGAAUAACCUAGAAUUAAGAAGAAAUGAACUAUAUAAUAAAGAAAGAGAGUGUUUAAUUAAAGAGUAUAAAAAGUACUAUGAGAAGGCUGAAACUAAUAAAGAAUUAGCCAGUAAAAUUAGUGAAAUAUCUCAAGCAUCAGCUAAUGGAGCAGAUUUUUUAACCAUCAAACAAAAGAAAGAAGAAUUAAAGGACUUUUUUGCUAAAAUAACAAAGAAUACUGAUUUAUUAAAUAAUAAUCAAGAUAGAGAUAAUUUAAUUAUGAAAGAUAAUCAUUCAGAAAGAAGUAAUUUAUUAGUUGAAAAUAAUUUACUAAUUAAGAAUGAUUUUAAUAGAAACAAUUUAAUAAUUAAUGACAAUUUAGAUAAAAUUAAAAAAUUAAAAAUUGAAGAAAAUAAUUUUAAUAAAAAUAUUGAAAUUAUGGAUAAAGAUAUUAACAAUUUAUUUAUUAAUGAAAACAUUUCAACUAAUAAUGAAUUAAAAGAUAAUGAUCAUUUAGAUGAUAAUAAUAAUGAAUUAAAAGAUAAUAGUUUUAAUAAUAAUAAUAUUUUUAUUAAUAAUAAUCAUUUAAAAAAUAAUAAUUUUAUUAAUAAUAAACAAUUAGAUAUGAAUAAUCAGUUAAAUAACAAUAACGUAAAUGACAAUCAAUUAGAUCAUAAUAAUGAAUUAAAUGAAAUAUUAAAAUUAAAGAAAGAAUUAAACGAAUUAUAUAAAAACGAUAAAAGUUAUUUAGAAAAUGUCAAGAAAAUUGAUUUAAAUGAUAAAAAUUAUCAAAUCAUUUUAAUAAAAAUUUGUAGUUAUUAUGAUUUAAUACCACCUGCAUAUGAAACAAUAAGAGAAAAUGAUGUUUAUUUAACCACUGGAAUGUUUUAUGAUAUUAAAUUUACAUCCACGUAUUCAUAUGACUUAAAUCAAUCAAAAGAAGAAGUUAGCAAAAGUAUAUUUGAGUAUAUUGAAAAUAAUUGGAAUGAGAUACUUGAAGAAAGUAAUAAAAGAAGAGAAGGACUAUUCAAAUAA